AUGAAAACAUCUUUGAAAUCUGCACCUUCCACAGAGGUGCUCAUAAAUCCAUUGUCCCAUCAUCGCAUAGUAUCACCCAUUGAAGAAGCAAAGAUCUUCAUCUUAAUUCCCGAAGAACGACACACCAUGAGCUCCUACCACAACACAUCUAUCUUCAUUUUAUCCUUCAUCCUGCUAAUUGCAUCGACUGCAAACGCCGUCAAUAUACCACGAGUCCUUCAACAACAGCAAAUGGAGAGCCAUGAUCAGCACCCGCCGAAUGCCAUCCCAACCAUUGGUAACUUUGACGACUUGGGUCACCACGAUUGGAUGGCAUCGCCCUCGGCUCGUCGCAAUGGCCGUGCUACUAGAAUGAACAAUCGAUUUUAG